UGCACGUGCAGGAAGCUUAGCCUAAAUUAGAGCGGUACACAGAUAUUCGAUCCCGUAUAAUCCGGUCGCAUUUGCCAGUACGGCAUGGUCGUGGCUCGAAGAGUGCACGAAAUGAUCGCAAGGUUUGGUCUGUUCUUGGUUCUAUCUGCGAGCUGCUCAGCGAAACAAGAAGGAGCGAAUACAGACAUGAAUGGACUGAACGAUAACGCUCAAAUUGUUGAUAUUGACAUGAAUACAAAACCGCUCAAUGUCCGCUCAGCCACUGAUGGUCACACUAUACUUGGUGAUCAUAGUUAUCUCGACCGUCCACGAAUCCACUUUGCUGGCAAGUUCAGAUCCGACGUGCACACGAUCAACAACUGCUACGACAACUUCGCAACGGACCAGUUCCAUGUCGUCGACGGUACGAUCCUGGACCAAGAGCACGCCUUUUGGAAUCCCACCGGAACGGGGGUCUUCAACUUCCACGACGUCAAGAUAACGUCGGUGUGUGGCUGGAACAGGGAAAUCGAGUGCUCGAGCGAAGACAUUCUAGUGAAACGUCAAGUCGCCAUUGACACCGUGCUGGGGGGUGGCAGUGCCAAGAUGGUCAACUUAGACGUCGAAUACCAAGACUCGUCUAUACUCUACGGUCUCAAGGUCGGUAUUAGCGUUCACGACCACGAGCACGGAGUUGAAAACAGGUAUCCUAUUGUGGUAGGCGACUUUGUGCCUGUCGGUCUUAAGAAUAUUUGGCCGAGUGCGUAUCCUAGCUUUCAGGCGGGAGACGGCGCCGCCAAAUCCGCGACUUAUCAAUCUCGUUUGGUGAACUUGGUGUGGAACAAAGAACGCUUGAAACUUUUCUACGGUUUGUCAAAUGAAAAGCGGAAAUACGGGAUUUUGACCACCCUGGAAGACACCAAGGAACUCUCUAUUGCAUUCACGGUGUAUGGAUAUAACAAGACGAUCGGGAGCGAGUGUUUUUCGUACGGUCUUGUUGUCGGCUCGAUUGGAGUGUCUGCAGACCCCGCAGCAAAGAACUACGGUGCGAGUCUUCAGUACGUUCGAGGUAGAGAAUUGAUCCCGCCGAGUAACACAAAUGCACCAAAAGAUUGGAUGCUUGGCAGUGCCGAGAUGCUAGUUCGAGAUACGUGGCUUGCGAUUGACUUUGGUAACUCGGUGAGGAGAAAGCUUGAUUCCGAGACUAAUGGUGUUGUGCUGGACACGACCAGAAAUGGUGUGUUGUCUAUAGUAGCCAAGACGGAUAAAGGUGAAAACGUGGACUUGUUGACUAAACAGAUCGACGACGACUGGUACCGCAGGACCGCUGGGAUUAUUGAAGUUAAACUGAACGACGACCAAACCGACCGGUUGAUCAGUCUGGCAAACGUUGUAAUCCAAGUCAAGUCUGGUAGUGAGGACGAUGCGACCGUUUGGUUAAGCGAAUCAGAGUACUAUGUGAGGCCGCUAAAGGAAAUCUUUAGGUUUAUGAACCCGGGAGAUAAAACAGAUUACAAAUUUUUUGUAACACAUCGUGGGCUACCGGUCUCCAAACGAAAAGUCUCGUUUCAAGUCAUUCCGUAUCAUACUCUGACGGUGUGCAGCACAUUGAAAAAGGAAAUUCGUGGGGCUCAAAAGAGAUGCGAUUGCACGUACGAGAUGACCGACGAUGAGAAAGCGAGAGCAUCCAAAGGACUGACUGUUGCACCUCUGCAGGUUACGACGGACACAGACGGUGAGAUCACGGUCACAUUAACUGCCGACGAUCCCGGCAAUGUGAGGACACACGUCGACGGUAUGGUCUACUUCAUUCGCUACAGUCUUCCCGGAGUGGACUUCACCGACUACGAGAGAGAAGCAGCCAAACUGAUUUUCCGCGUUUUUGACCGAUUCGAGUGGCAAGGAAAAGGAAAACCCGAACCGACGUGGUUUGGACAGGACGGAGUGGGCGCCAUACUCAAACGGUACGAGAAUCUUACACCUUCGAUGAGGCACAUUCUAAGCCUAGGGAAUUAUGACAGCGUCGUCGAUCACAUCCACAAAAAGCACAUCCUGGAAUCGAUGCGUGCUAGCGAACUGGAACCCGGAUACAUGCCUGUUACCCGUGAUCUGUCGAAAUCGAAAAGAGAGAUGAUCCUGCAUUGGCUCGAUCAGGAUAAACCAAAAAAGGGACGGAGAGAUCGCUUUAGUCUGGAAGAGCUCAAAUAUCAGCUGCAGCUUGCUCUUCAAGUCGAGUUCUAUACAAUCCCGACGUAUGUCUAUGCUCUGUAUUCCAUCAAGGAAGGUGCCAAUCAGGAAAUUGCUGCAUUGAUCGGCCGUGUCAUUGUCGACGAAAUGGCUCAUCUUGCCAUCGUGUCUAACAUACUCAACGCCAUCGACGGGACACCACGACUAUUUGAUCGCAGAUUUAUUCCGGUGUACCCGAGCAGGCUGCCCGGUGGAGUAGAACACGACUUGGUGUUGAGACUCGCUCCACUCAGUAUUCAACUUGUAAGAGACGUUUUCAUGGUGAUCGAGACGCCACGCCAGUCGGCGAUAGACUCCGAUCCAGACGACAUUCAUAACGACACGAUUGGCUGCUUUUACCAACGAAUCCGUAACAACCUGAUUCUACUCGAAGCAGAGGCUCAAAAGAGACCGGAGAACUCGCCUUACGUGCACACCAUAUUUACUGGUAAUCAUUCAAGGCAGGUCGAUUACAUUGCGAAACCGGUCUAUAACCUAACGGACGCGCUCAAAGGGAUUGACACGAUUGUGACACAAGGGGAAGGAUCGUCACAGUUAAAUCCUACAGAUAAGAGCGAAGAUUUGGCUCAUUAUUACAAGUUUGCUGAAAUAGUUCACGGUCAUCAACUGUUCAAGAAAGCAAACGGCAAUUGGGAUUACGUAGGAGCCAAAGUUCCGUUCGAUGCCAACGGAGUGUGGCCGUUCCCGACCAACCCGAAGGUUACCGACUACCCGAAGGGAAGUCGAGCUCGCAUGCUCGCCGAGGACUUCAGCCGUCUGUACCUACAGACAGUCUUAGAACUGGAUAAGACAUUCAACGGUACGCCGAAUCACAUCAAGAAAGCGCUGUCCAACAUGUUCUUGAUGAGGAUGAAAGCGAGAGAAAUGGCGAAGACGCCGAUCGAACCAGGAGGACGUCUGCACGCAGGACCAACGUUUGAGCAUCCUCUUCAUUUGACACCGUCGGAUACUUUCUACGGUUAUUGAGAGGGCGUCUACGUGACCUAGUGGAGGACAAUGCGCGGAUUUUAGCUGCAUGCAUGUGUUGUAGUGUGAUUCUUGCAGAUACCGUGCGACCGUGCACGUUUGCUGCUUAGCUGCAUGUAUUGUAGGCUUGAUUUGUACGUUAGUUAGAUGGUUUGCUGUUUUGCUGUUUGCAGAAGCGAGACGUAUUGCAGUCCGCCACAUCACAAUUAAUGCAGUCACAUUGAAUCAAAUAGUCUCUUGAUAUUAAUUA